UUGUAAGAUUUUGAAUUUUGCUCAAUAAAAAAUUGAUAUGGCGCCUACACUUCAGAGCACCGACAUUUCUACAAAUACUGUAACAGAGGUCCAAGCGGAUGGAUCUAUAUUAAAAACCAUUACGAUAACAACAACCACAAAAUUUACAGACGGUACAACUCGACAGAGGAUCAAAACACAAAAGGAGAUAACUCCAGCUGUUCAUACAAGCCAUACCGGAGUGAAAGCGAUUAAAGCAAAUCCAUAUGAGUUCGGCUAUGACGUCUCAAAAUCCACUGCUCCCAAAGCGGUUGUUACAACUUCAAACGAAUUUAUACAACAAUGUUUGGAUGAACACAAUAAGUUUCGUGCAAUGCAUCAUGCGCCUCCAUUGAAACUGAACAAUAAGUUAAGUAAAAUCGCACAGGCCUGGGCAAACCAGCUCGCUAAAGAUGAGAAAAUGUAUCACAGCGAAACUGAUUUUGGCGAAAAUCUUUUUUGGUCUACAGUAGACAAACCUGGAUACUAUGCGGUUAAAUCAUGGUAUGAUGAGAUCAAAUAUUGGGAUUGGAAUAAAAUGGCGGGAAACGGAGAGGGUCAAAUUGGUCAUUUUACGCAAUUGAUUUGGAAGAGGUCGAAAGAAAUUGGUGUUGCAGCAGCUUAUUCGAAAGAUGGGCACUUGUUCGUUGUGGUGGAGUAUAAUCCACCAGGAAAUUAUGUAGGUUGUUACCAGGAGAACGUUCUUCCGAAAUAAAUAGAUAAUAACGACUUCAGGAGCUAA